AUGACGACAAGCAGCCAUGCAACCACUGCAGAUGAGGUGAAAGCGGCUGUCGUUCACGACCUAGACGGUCAGAGCCGAAUCUGCAGCCUCCACGAUCUUCUCAAGCUCCUUGGCCAACCUUUGACUGACUCUGAGGUUGACGAGGUCCUCGGUUCUCUUUCGGACCACUAUACCCAGCAAACAGGCUGGAAAGGCCUUCCUGAGAAAGCGGGUGGGCCGGAGACGGCUUAUUACACGCCACUCGCAGCCAUCUUCAACGCUAUCACCAAGGAGGCAGUCCGGAAAGUCAACAAGCGCGCACCCGAAUCACCGAUUAUACCGUCCACAUGGCUGGAUUGUCACUCUUCAGCACCCAAGUCGAAUGUCGAAGGCGCGAGCAAGAUACGCCCAGAUCUUCUCAGUGCUAUUCUCAAUCCGGGGGACAAUGUCGAGGAUCUGGUAGCAAGCUUCAAGGUGCGUGAGGCCUCUCCUAGUGUCAAGGCCGUGGCGGCAACCGGUUCUGUGCAGGAGCUGCAUGACACUGAGGAUGAUGAAGAAAACGACAACACAGACGACUCGGAUAAACCAAACCCAAAGCGACAAAAGACAGAAGGCGGAGAAGCUGAGGAGGUCCAGGAGGACCCCCUGCAGACCGACGCACAGAAUGGAUCCGAUGCUCAGGCCGCACCGCAGCCACAGGCCCAGCCCACCGAGUCGCAGGCCCCACCCAAGCCAAUCGCCUCGUGGCUCAGGACUCUCCUGGUCGCUGAAGUCAAACCAAACCGGAACGACGACUGGGACUCAGUCAUCCAAUUAUCCACCUAUCUUCGACAAAUUCUUCGAGAGCAGCAUGAUCGCCGCUUCGUGUUUGGCAUCGUUAUCUUUCACCGCUCAUUGUCCCUGUGGUACUGCGAUCGGUCGGGACUCCUCGGUGCUGACCAGACGGUCGACAUUGACAAGGACCCCAAGACCUUUGUUCGCAUCAUGGCCAGUUUUGCAACCAUGAAUCCGGAACGUUUGGGGUUUGACCCUGCUAUGAAGAUGCUUGUUCCGAACCGUCCACCUACCUACAGUUAUCGACUACCUUUCCACGAGUUGCCAAAGCACCGACAUUCACUGCGUUGGGAAAUAGUCAUCGAGGGCGAAUUCUACCAUACAGUCGAGCCGCUGAGUGUAGCUCGAUCAGAAAUCAUGUGUGGUCGCGCUACGCUUGUGUGGAGAGCGUUUCGACUGAGCGAUUAUACCAAUGAGCCCAAUACCGAAGACUUGAAGCUAUACAUCAUCAAGCAAUCAUGGCGACCGAACGUGGGUGGCGCUACUGAACUUGAACUCUAUAGCCGUUUGGGGGAUUUUGGUGGCAGGAGGAAGGAUCCUGUGUGCCAUGGCGAAGAUGUUGAAGGAUCCAAUACCCAGAAGGACUUCCGCCGCGGUAUUCACACAGAGCCGGCCAAGGAUAUUGUCGGGAAAGGCUCAAAGGGCGGGGCACAGCAAAGGACACUGUCAGAGCCCCGCGACGAGCACAACCUUGUCCACAAUACCUUUUCAGCGAAAAACCCUCCCAAGAUUGCGCAAGAGUUCAUGGAACGAGUUCAAUGUCGGCUCGUCAUCCCUGUGAAUGGCACAGCAAUCAAAAUGUUUACGAGUCUGAAGGAAUUAGUGAAAGUCCUGCUUGAUGCAGUGAAAGACUAUGAGUGGGCCUAUUAUCAGAAGGGCAUCUGUCAUCGCGACAUCAGUAUUGGCAACAUCGUUAUGGAAAUCCUCGAGCGUGAAGGAAGUCUGAUUGACUUUGAUCAUGCGAAGGAUCUUGGUCCCAACUACAAACCGAAAAGAGUCUCAUCGCUCCGCAAGGAGCUGCAUGAUCAUUUGGUUGAAUUCCGCAAAAUCUGCCCUCAGUCGGUUUCGGACAAUCUUGCUCUUCUGCUCCUUCAUCUUACCCGGUCCAAAAAAACCGGUCGAAGCAAUGCAUCGACUGCGAAGACCCGUCUCGAUCACUACCUUGAGUCUGCGGGCGCAUCACCCAACAGGCCUCUCAAAAUAUCAGAUAUGCUUCCAGGGCUGGAGGACGAUCCUGUCCUCCCUCCAAGUUUCUCUGAACGCACAGCAAUACAUGCCGUGGCGACUGGCACUGUCGCGUUCAUGAGCCAUAAAUUGCUUCGCGAUGACGACGAAACCCACAGCGCAAUACACGACAUGGAGUCGUUAUUCUGGGUUGUGGUCUUCCUCUGCCUGACCCGUGAAGGGCCCGGCGGAAAACGGCGCCCGGAGCCCAAGGAUGAUGUCAAAGGUGACGAGCUCUACGAAGCUUCUCUUCGACGCUAUUAUCUCUUCGAGGCCCCAAAGGAAGAGAUUCGGAAGAUAAAAUGUAUUAUGUUUUCUCUGACUAUUCGCGAGACGACACCGCCAGUACUGGAGAACGAUAUAUUCCCCUGGUUCCACCCCUUCUUCAAACCUCUCCACGGGCUGCUCGCUGAAUGGUGGGCAAUCCUAUGCAGCGGGUUCGACGAGGAGGGAAAUAUCCUAUGUCGCCAUUACCCUGUUGCUGCGUUUCGCGACGCCGUGGACAAGACUCUGGAGGAGCUGAAGAAACUCGACAAGCCGGACGACUUUGCCCUCAUUCAACAACGGACGCAAAUGGCAAGGGUAAAAUCAGCGGCCAUUCAGCUCACUCGAAGUGUCCUUCCUCACCAUACCGGCCGUCAAGGAGCGAAACGGAAGGUAGACACCGUCGAAGGUGCCACAACGCCGCCCAAGGUACAUUCGGAUCUCCCGCUAUCCCUCGAUCCAAGUCCCAUGGGUAAGGUCCAUAAAGGAGCGAACUUGCAUCUCCAAGCUCGACGCAAAGGUGAAUGA